UUGGCACUCAGGGCGAAAACUUCUGAAGCUAGCAAACGCUAGCCACCUCGCUUUCUACUUGAGCGAGCAAGAGACUAGCUAAAGUUUCGACUUUAGCUAGUUAAGUUUUUGAUAACUAGCAAAGAAGAUUUAGCCACAGGCGUAAAUAAGAAAUAUUAAUGGAUUCUGUUGACUCAGUGUUCUACUCAGACCGCAGUGGUCCUUCCUGUAACCCGUUACUGGACCAGCUGCCAAGCUAUCAGUCACUGCUGUACCGCAGGAAGUCCUCUACCUCAGGCAGCACGAAAAGGAGAGGCAGCUCUCGCGGGCGACUGGGCUCAUCCUCUAGCUGGAGAUGGAAAGGGGACAAGGUGGAGGAGAGACCAAAGGCUCCCUCUGUCCAAAGGCCCGUCCGUGAGCUUCCCAAAACCAUGGAGGAGAAGCGCAGAGACAGGGAGCAGCGAAUGGAGCAGGACAGAGACCUGAGCAGCUGGAAGCAGUGGCGUCAGAACACACGGCGAACCCUGAAGAGACUGAAAGAGGACAGCGUUGAGAUGCUAAGAGCACUCGAGCUUUGGAGAGGGGACAUCCACGUCAUAGAGGGCAUGUUUGGCACCGGCAUCCUGUCUUACUUCUCCUUCCUGCGCUUCUUGGUACUGCUCAACUUUGUCAUCUUCCUCCUGAUGUUUGGCUUCGUCAUGCUGCCCAUCAUCAUCGCACCCCAUGCCUCGGGAAACAUUACCUUCAAUCGCUCUGAUGGAAGUGAAUGCAGUAACUAUCCGAGCGCUUCUCGUCGUGGGCUGGUUGUGUUCCACCAGCAUAUCACAGACCUGCUCUCAGGGACGGGCUUUCUGGAAGAAACCUACCUCUUCUAUGGAUAUUAUAAGGUGGAAGCCAUACGUUUCCCCAAAUUUACAUACAGUCUCCCCCUGGCCUACCUGCUCGUCACUGUUGCCUACCUCUUCCUGAGUCUCAUCUGGAUUGUGAAAAGGUCAGCAGCUGGCUUUAAAAGGAACCUGGUGCAAGAUGAGGAUCGCUUCCAGAGCUUCUGCAAUAAGAUCUUUGCUGGCUGGGACUUCUGCAUUACCAACGAGAAUGCAGCCAAGCUGAAGAGGAGCAGUCUGCUGUAUGAGCUGAAGGCAGACUUGGAGGAGGAGCGCAUAAAGCAGAAGAUAGCGGACCGCACGCGCAGAGAGAAGUGCCGGAUAUACCUGCUACGGCUGGUCCUCAACUUAUUCGUGGUGGCUGUGCUGGCUACCUGCUUCUACUGCAUCUACAGAGCCACCAUUCACUCGCAGCAGUUUCAGACCAAACAACCACCAACCAACUUCAUCCUAGACCUGAUCUAUGAGUACCUGCCCUCCAUUGUCAUCACCCUGGCCAAUUUCAUCACCCCGCUAAUGUUCACCCUUAUCAUCCAGUUUGAGGACUACUCUCCUGCCUUUGAGAUACGAUUCACACUGAUGAGGUGCGUGUUCAUGCGCCUGGCCAGCAUCGGGGUGCUGCUCUUCUCCCUCUGGUCCCAGAUCACUUCCUGUGGAGACAGUACCUGUCAGUGUGGGUACAACCACACACUCUACCCGUGCUGGGAAUCCCGUGUAGGCCAGGAGAUGUACAAACUCAUGAUCUUUGAUUUCAUCAUCAUUGGCGCUGCCACUGUCCUUGUGGAGUUUCCAAGAAAGCUGAUUGUGACUCACUGUGACUGCGGACUGGCCAAAUGGUGGGGUCAGCAGGAGUUUGCCAUCCCCCAGAACGUGCUGGAGAUUGUGUACGGACAGACCAUCUGCUGGAUCGGCACCUUCUACUGCCCCCUGCUCCCAGCCAUUAGCACCAUCAAGUACUUCAUCGUCUUCUACAUCAAAAAGAUGACCCUUGUGAACAACUGCCGCCCAGCCACCCGGCCCUUCCGUGCCUCCAGCUCCAACUUCUUUUUCCUGGCAGUGCUGCUGAUUGGCCUGGCUCUGGCCUGCGUGCCCCUUGCUGCUAGCAUCGCACAGAUCAGCUGCUCCCAAGCAUGUGGCCCCUUUGUCAACUACACUACAUCGUGGAAGGUGGUCCCGCAUACUGUAUCCCAGCUGCCCAAAGGGCUGCAAGGCUUCCUCUGGGCCAUCUCCUCUGAGCCCUUUGCUGUCACCUUCUUUGUAAUUACAUGCCUGGCCAUGUUCUACGUCAUUGCACUGGCUGGAGCUCACAAGCGUGUGGUGAACCAGCUGAGGGAACAGCUGGCCAUGGAGGGCAGGGACAAACGGUUCCUGAUCCAGAAGCUGUGCCAGGCGCAGAGGUCUCUGCAGGUACAUUCCCGGUCCAGCAGGGAGAGUGCCCAAAACUACAGCAACCCUGGAGGAGUGUUUCUGGUCCAGCCGCCUUCCGACUCUGCCACACACGCAUGAUAUGGGCAGGCGCACACUGUGUUUCUCAGACUGGGGCAGACUGUCUGACCCGAAGUGAGCCGAGGGUGAUGACAUGUUUGCUCGGUCUGCUGGUUGCUGCCUGUGAGGGACCUAAGCUGAAACUCUAAGCACUGAAAGGUUUACAACAGCUGGGCUCCCAUACUCCCUUGUAUACCCCAGAAAUCACAAACCAGUGAUAAGCCUGGACUAAUAGCUGGACCUUGAGCCUUAAGUUGAUAUAUUUGUCCUUUUUUAACCAUUUA